AGUGCCGCUGGGCAGCGCAGGGCGCACACCGAGCGCCGUCCCCUCCACCCCACCGCCCAGCCCAGGGACGUGCUAUGGCUACGUCUAUUCUCGGGGUUUGCGAGUGGCGUCGGUCGCAGGUUCCGCACCUUGCUUCCCUUUCUGCCGUCUCGGUUUUUCUGCCGCUCCAGCACGGUGGCUUGAGGAGCUGCCGGAUUCCGUUCCCACGGGAUUUUUGGUUUCAUGGCGCUAGGCUCGGGCAGACAGGCGCUGCGCGGGGCAUCCCAAGCCACCUUCUUGGAACACGCGUGUCGCUCGUCCGCGCCGGGAUCUGUUUCCAAUGUAAAUCCCUUGGGCGCCGAGACCGAUCCCAGGCAUAAAACGAGUUGCGUCGAGCGGGGCAUGGAUAGAGCCUUCCUCCAAUGAAGAGCCGCGAUUUGGAACGACUCCGCUGGCCAUGCUGGCCGCCACCUGCAACAAGAUCGGCAACACCAGCCCCUUGACCACCCUGCCCGAGUCCAGCGCCUUCGCCAAAGGGGGUUUUCACCCCUGGAAACGCUCCACCUCCAGCUGCAACCUGGGUUCUAGCCUCUCGGGCUUCACGGUGGCUACGAGCAGAGGCUCCAGCGGACUGGCUAGCGGCACGGGCACAGCCAACAGCGCUUUCUGCCUGGCCUCCACUUCGCCCACCUCGUCGGCCUUCAGCAGUGACUACGGUGGCCUCUUCUCCAACUCGGCAGCGGCGGGCGUGUCCCCGCAGGAGCCCGGCGGGCAGUCGGCCUUCAUCUCCAAAGUGCACAGCUCGGCUGCUGAGAGCCUCUACCCACGGGUGGGCAUGGCGCAUCCCUACGAGUCCUGGUACAAGUCGGGCUUCCACUCCACGCUCUCGGCGGGCGAGGUGGCCAACGGGGCGGCCUCCUCCUGGUGGGACGUGCACACCAACCCGGGCUCCUGGCUGGAGGUGCAGAACCCGGCGGGGGGGCUGCAGAGCUCGCUGCACUCGGGCGCCCCCCAGGCCUCGCUGCACUCCCAACUGGGCACCUAUAACCCCGACUUCAGCUCCCUCACGCACUCGGCCUUCAGCUCCACCGGCUUGGGCUCUACAGCCGCCUCGCACCUGCUCUCCACCAGCCAGCACCUGCUAACUCAGGAGGGCUUCAAGCCCGUGCUGCCCUCUUACACGGACUCCAGCGCGGCGGUGGCGGCAGCCAGUGCCAUGAUCUCGGGCGCCGCUGCCGCCGCUGCCGGGGGCGGCUCUGCCCGUUCAGCUCGCCGCUACUCGGGCCGCGCCACCUGCGACUGCCCCAACUGCCAGGAGGCCGAGCGGCUUGGGCCGGCGGGGGCAAGUCUGCGGCGCAAAGGGCUACACAGCUGCCACAUCCCGGGCUGCGGCAAGGUGUACGGCAAGACAUCGCACCUGAAGGCACACCUGCGCUGGCACACGGGAGAGCGGCCCUUCGUCUGCAACUGGCUCUUCUGCGGGAAGCGCUUCACCCGCUCCGACGAGCUGCAGCGGCACCUGCGGACUCACACGGGCGAAAAGCGCUUCGCCUGUCCCGUCUGCAACAAGCGCUUCAUGCGCAGCGACCACCUGAGCAAACACAUCAAAACGCACAACGGGGGCGGCGGGGGCAAAAAGGGCAGCGACAGCGACACGGACGCCAGCAACUUGGAGACGCCGCGCUCCGAGUCCCCCGACCUCAUCCUGCACGAAGGGGUGGGCGCCGCUGCCCGUGGACCGGGCAAGGAACCUACUGCGGGGCCCGGCGACUCCUAGGGGCAGCACCGCCCGGUCCCCGCCACGGCCCGGCCCCACGCCGCCAGGGAGCCCUCGGGGCCGCCCGGACUCUGCCCCAGGCCGGCUGGAGGGACGUGACCCGCCCCGCUGCGGACGGCGCCGGGGUCGCGGCAGGGGAGAGCAGGCGGCGGGGCCGGAGAGGCGCGGCCAGGCUCAGCCUCACCGUCCCGCCCGCCCGCCAGGUACCGAAUGACACUUUCUUCCAUUUCCUUUUUCUCUUCUCGUUCUGUUGGAAGGAAAGCAUCCUAAGAGGUGUAAGGUGAGAAAUCAGAAUGCAAGUCCGAGACGGUUUCUCUGUAUCUCAUAAACAUCUGUAUAAAUAGGGGUCAAAAAAGAAAAACAGAUCGUGUUCGCUUAUUUUUCUUGUAAAUGUUGAUCUGAGGGGGUUUGGGUAUUUUAUUUUUAUUUUAAUUGUUGAAUUCCUGAAAUUCAGGGAGAUUUUGGGGGCUUUUUUUUUUUUUUUAAUUUUAAAUUUCUGAUGCACUUUGUGGAAGUCAGUAUAUAUGUAAAAGAUAUUUAAAAUGUUGAGUUAACAUUCACUCAAACACACAUAAGUUAAGGUCUCUUAAAGAAAUUAAAUGCGUUUAUCUGUAUGGAAAAAAUCUUGACAUAUUUUCAUUUUGGUAUUAUUAAAGGACUCUGAACAAUAUA